AUGCGACGCAAUGGCCUAGCCCCAUCUCCAUCUUUCACCCUCUUCAGCCAACUCCCCUGCGAGCUGCGCCUCCAAAUCUGGCAAGACGCCCUCCCCGCAUGCGAAGGCAGCGCCGUCUACUUUUACCGCGACUGGAAGUGGGAGCCCUCGAUCCCCUCGCCGUCCUCACCGCGCCGCCCAAUCCUCGAAACCGACGCCGAGCUCGCCUGCGACGUCGUCCACCCGCACGUGCCCGUCCACCACCUGCCCCACGUCUCCGUCUGCUACGAGGCGCGCGAGGUUGCGCUGCAAUGGGCCGCGCGCCACGGCCUGAGCCUGCAGCUCCACGAGCGCGCCUGGGACGAGGAGCACGACGCGGGCGGGCGCGUCGUCGUGCGGCCCUGGCAUCCCGGCCGCGGCGACUCCGUCUACGUGGGCCGCGAACGCUGGGACGACUUUUGCCAGCGGCCCUGCACGUUUCCCUUUGACGGCGCCGCGGCCGUCUACUACGGGACUGUUGACGGCGGGUACGCGGCGAUGCCUGCGCCGUCAACGUCGUCGUCGUCGGCCGCGGCGGGAGUUGGUGGUGGUGGUGGUGGUGGGCUGUUUGCGCGGCCGACUCCGCGCAGCGUCGAGAUUCGCGCGCUGGCUGUGCCCGCGGCCAAUGUACCCGUGCGCGCGCUCGCCGGGUUGCUGCACUGCCUGCCGAACCUGGCGCGGCUGCAGCUCGUGUACGGCGCGCUGCCGCAGCCGCACGAGCGCGAGGACGAGGCGCUCGUGCCCCGGCGCUGGACGCUCGUCAGCGCCCAUCAUUGUGAAGCGGGCGGCGUCAGGCCGUGGCGCUACACCGACGCGCCGAUGGGAGGCGGACGGUAUGCGCCGUGCGAGGAGGCGCCGCUGGAGGGCGAGGCGCUGCGCAGGCACGUGGAUGAGGUGGAAAAGAGCCUCCUGAGAGAGGUGAAGAGGUGCGAGGUGGAGAGCGAAGCUCGCGACGCCGUCGAGGGCGACGACAGUCUGCCGUUUACGCUGGAAGCCGUGGUGCUUGUGCGGGAGUCAUGA